CCAUCCUUCACGAUCUACAAAAAAUACAGUAUCAGUGUAGCUAUUUUAAUGGAUUAUAAUGGAAAAUAAAAUUGUUUUGAAUACUUUAAUAAAAAUGUUUGAUACUAAACAAACAGAAUUCGUAUCUUAAUACGCCAUAAUACUAAAUCAGUGUUUUUUUAUAAGUUAUCUAUCGCCACGUAAUAUAAAUUGUUGUCUCAGCUUUAGUUAUCUCUGGUAGUGAAAAUAUUUUCCAUAAAAAAUUGUCUCUUCCGUUUGAGAUAUUAACCUUCAAAUAUUUUUUAGUAUUUAAAUUUGAAUUUUACGAAUGCGAAUCAUUUGUUAGUAGCUUUAAGCCAAACAUGAGGUACGUUUUUUUGUGUUGAAUAAUAUUCUUAUUUGCUUCCGGAUUGCAGACUGGCUGUGGAAAUUACUGAAGAAGUGACUAGAAAAUGACUUUAGUCUAAAAUAUUAAUUAAUGCCCUACGAAAGGACUAAAGCCGACUUGCUCAGUCGUGACUUCAGGCAAAGAAAAGUACUUCUCUUUUGAUUAACGUGCAAAGUUUUGCUUAGAUUUUGGACUGCAAGAACGCUAUAUUAUGCUGUGACAAAUACGAUCAUUGUGGAAACAUAUAUAAAUAAACGUUUAAAUUGUAAGAGUUGUCGCUUUUCCGUAGAAAAAAAAAUUGAAUAUUGAAGAUGUUUUUUAACACAAGAAAUUAUUAUCUUCACAUAUUUUUUUACAACAUAUAGGUUACUAUUCAAUAAAUGGUAUGCACAUUGGUACUGCAUGAUGUAACAAAUAAUCUGGUAAUUUAAACCACAUUUUAAUCACUGUGGUUGCACAUUUUUAUGUGCAUUGUGUAUUGGUAAUUGUCUACAGUAGGGGUGCCACUCCAAAAAAAAAAAAUUGGGGAGCACCAAGGAUGGAUUUAUACAAUCCCUUGUUUUAUUUCUAAUGAUUCUGUCGAGGUUCAUGCAGAUGUUUUCAAUAACUUCACAUGUAAUCAACUAUUUGACGUUCGCCUGUGAGGUAACUUGGCCACUGCCAUGCUUGUGUCCGGGUAAACAUUGAAUACACACUACUAUUCCAACCACAUGUGAGAAAAAUUGUUUAUCAGCUGCCGUGAACUGAGCCAUUGAGGAAGAUGGGUUUUGAUGCAUGAGCGGAAACAACGCGACCUGCUGACUCUCAGAUGAUGGGGACGAUCCCUGCGCCUCGAGUCGACGUGCCCACGGAGGGCACGACUUCGGAGUUCUACAGAACUGUCAAUUUGCCUCCCCGCUUCGACCACCCAGACUGGUUCCAGGGCUACGGGAGCCAGCGGGACCCGCCGCGCCACCCCUGCUACUACACCACGUCCCUGGACUACGGCUGGUACGCGCCCAGCGUCCACACGGUGCCCACCGCGUUCUUCCCCUUGACGUCGGAGUUCACCCUGCCCCUGAGCAGGGCCGGCAUGUACCGCAACUACUCCCUGAACACGGCGCCGGACCGCUGCCACCACGGGACGUGCUGAGGCCGCACACGUUACCUGUCACAACCUGUACGUUUCUUUUUGAGAUGUAGCUGCAGACAUUUAAAUUUUUGUACAGUUAAUUUUCAUUACGUUUUAGAAAUAAAUAAUUGUUACAUUUGCAACUA